AUGACCAUACACUCGUUGGAAAAGAUGAAUAUUAAAGAGGAAGAACCCAUACUGACAUCUCCUACACCACCUUGGACGGAUGAAGAUAAGGAAGAUGGAAAGAAGCUUGUGUCAGCGGCAGAGGAAGCAGAGCAAGGUGAUGAGUCGACUGGAAUCACCGUCUGUGCCAACUGCGAGACCACAACAACGCCCUUAUGGAGAAGAGAUGCCAGUGGGAGAACCAUUUGCAAUGCUUGUGGGCUGUAUUACAAACUGCACUUGGUUCACAGACCAGCUACUAUGAUGAGAACUGUCAUCAAGCGAAGAAAGAGAUGCUCAGCAAAUGAAAAAGCAGCUCAAGAGAAGCUGAAUCAAGAAAACAACCAAAGAAGAGCUAGUAUGGUGGGUAUGGCGGAGGAUUUCGGUCUGCAAGACAUGUCAAGACGAAGAAGACGAAAAUCCUUAUCGCCCAGCUAUAGACAUGUCAGCUAUCACAGCAAUAACAUUCAUAACAAUGCCAUCUCAUCCGUAUCAUCGACUCCAUCGACAACAUCUCCUCAGCAUAAUGUAAAUAACUCCAACGCAACUUCAUCCAGCUCAUCACCCUCCCAACAUUCACAUCAGCCAUUUGUGCUACCGCCUUUGUAUCCUCCAUCAUCUACUUCACCUGCUUCGUACGCUCACAGUAACCGCUAUAGUCAAGAUCCAACCGCCAACAGCAACAGCAACAGCGAUAUUCAUGUGUGUGCUAAUACCAUCGAUGCGCAAAGAGAAUAUAGAAAUAGCUUACAACGAGAGGUCACUCGUUUAACUGCUCAGUUAUCUAAUACAGUGGCCAUGUUACAAAAGGUGGAUAACGCCAUUGCGAAUCCCAUUCCACCAGAUCAAUUUUGUCACAGGUGUAACAAUUAUCCUGGUAAUGAGCAACAUCAGCAACAUCAGCAACAACAACAACAACAACAACAACAACAACAACAACAACAACAACAACAACAACAACAACAACAACCUCAGGAACAUCAAGUCGCUCGGUCUCUGUUAUCCUUGGCUCAUUCACCACCACUCUCAAAUCCUGCGCCCAUCUCUACACCGCCUCCAUUAGGUAUCUUGUCACCCUUUUCAAAUCGCUCGCAUCGUCUACCACCCAUUUCAUUUUGCCCAUCACCAAGAACGUUGCCUCCUGUUCCUGCUGUGCCAUCAUUUUUACCUUAG